AUGGACGUGAUUGCCGGUGGUCGAGUUCAGAGUGGUGGUGGUGGUGGUGGUAGAGACGCCAGGAAAGGCGGUGGGGGACGGGGUCGUGGACGUGGAGGGAGGGAAUACGACACUACACGUAAACGAACGUCGUUUACGUUCAUCGGAAUGACACGAAUAGAGCUUAUUCUUCAUAACAUAACACGUAAUGGCGAAAUACGUGAAUAUACGACACCUGUCAAAACGAUGCGUAUGGCUCUAUACGAUGCGUAUCGGUUCAAAACUUCAUCUCUUUUCUUCAUAAGUUUGAUGAUGGACGUGAUUGUCGGUGGUCGAGUUCGGGGUGGUGGUGGUGGUGGUAGAGACGCCAGAAAAGGCGGUGGGGGACGGGGUCAUGGACGUGGAGGGAGGGGUCGUGGUCAGGGUGCAGGGUCCCCCGACAUUAACCUGUUUCCGGAGCACCCAUAUUUAGCAUUCGACGAGGGCUCGGAAGAGGAUCAGCGAUGCGAGAAGUUUCGCCACAUGGUGAUUGGCGGCCAUCCUUGUGUCAACCGGAAAAGUUAA